AUGCCCGCCGACGACAGCCACGCCGCCACCACCGCUGCGCACGACGACGGCCAGCCGGCCAAGCGCAAGCGUCUGCGCAUCCCCAAGUCGUGCAUCCCGUGCCUCAAGGGCAAGCGCGCCUGCGACCGCGGACGACCAGCCUGCGGACGAUGUGCUCGCUCGGGACAGUCGAGCGACUGCACGUACGAUCCGCGCCUUCCGCAUCAGCCCGCCUCGGCAUCCAAGCCAUCGGCAGCGUACAACGACUCGGACGACGACGAUGACGACGACGCUCCCUCGCCCACCGCAGCCAAGCAGCUCGCUGCGCUUAGGGCCGAGCUCCAAGAGGCGCGCAGCGAGACCCGCCGUUUGCAGCAUCUGCUUCGAUACCCGUCUGCAGCACCCGCGCCCGCCUCGCCACGCCCUGCAUCCUCCAGCUGGUCCACCGGCUCGCCAUUGGGCGAGCGACACCGCACGCUCCCCUCGGCAUCGACCGAUAUGCACGCUGCUCGCGGGCUCCAGAUGCUCGCCGAGAUCGCGGGGCCGCAGCACCAGGAUGCAGAUACGAACGCCACCAAGUCGCGCAUCCUGCACUGGUCCGCGCCAGCAUCGCAGGCGUCGCAGGCGGCGUCGUCGUCGUCAGCGUCGUCUUCCCAUCGUUCGCCCGCGUUCCAAUCGGGCCCAGCGCAGCCGCCACGCUCUCCCGCCAGCCGGUACCUCGGCAGCACGCGCCAGCCCGCCCCGCCGUCGCCGUACGCAAAACAAACCCAGCCCGGGCAGCCGCCACGCACGCCUCGAACCGACGAUCUCGACUCGCCCACCAACAUCAACGGCACGCAGAUCUACUAUGGCGAGUCGGGCGAUGUGCUGCGCACGGUGGUUGCCAACUCCACCUCGGCCAUGCGCACCGCCGGCCAGCCGGCGACGGGGCUGCACGAGUCCAAGGCGCGCGCCGAUAUGCGGUUCGCGUUCAACAGCGUGCUCGACCCGUCGCGCGACACGUUCCCCUUUGCGACGAUCUGGAGCUCGGGAACGGCGUUUAUCGAUGAGGUGCUGCCGUUCUUCCCGCGCGCCGAGGACUUUGAUACGAUCUGCGCCUCGUUUGUGCGCCAUUUUUCCGCCAUGUGCCCCGCGCUCACCAUUCCGACUGCGAUCAAUCACGCCAAGGCCUUCUCGCGGAUGACCAGGGCGCAGCAGGCGCAAGUUUCGCUGCCCUGGUUGGGGGUGUUUCUGAUGAUCUGUGCGCUGGGCAAGAACUGCGAUUUGGAAAGCACAACGGUGGGUGUGGAUCGAAAGGUGCGUAUGCUGGGUGCGUUUUUGGCUGGCGAGCCCCAGACGCCGAGCAGGCAGGCGAGCCGGCAGCCGAGCAGAGCCUCGUCACCUGCGCCGCAUGCCGAGGCGGCAACGGCGGCGGGGACGAGUGCGGCAGCGGUGGCGGCAGGCGAGGCAGCAGCGCAGGGGCCAGCGAUGGUGUCGGACCUCUUCCUGUCGGCGGCGUACCAGUCGCUGCGGCUGUGUUCGUUCCUGUCGGCGCCGACGCUGCAGACGAUCCACUGCCAGCUGCUCAUCGGGUCGUACUUGCUCAACACGGAGCGCGCGGCGUCCUUCUGGCCGCUGCUCGGCUCGGUCGCGCGCCAGGCGCAGUCGAUCGGUCUGCACGUCGACCCGUACAAGAUCCGGCGCGACUGGGACGCUGUCGAGGCCGACACGCGUCGCCGUCUGUGGUGGGCCGCCGUGCACCAAGACGCCAUCCUCUCGAGCAUCUUUGGUCGGCCGUUGGGGAUCACGCGGUUCAGCUGCCGGUUUCCUGCGCCGCCUGCGCCGGGGGCGGUGACGUAUGCGACGCUGCAGUGCGAGUUCAGCCAGUUUGCACGCACGUAUCUCGACGAAAACCAGGAAAACACCUGGAGUCAGGCGCAGGUGAUUGAGUAUACCGAGCGCGUGCUCCAGUGGUACAUGAACAUCCCCGACCGCUACCGCCCCGAUUUGGGACGGAUUGAUCUGCUUGGUUCCGAGGGGGAUGCGGAGGCGAUUCAGAACUACCGCGCUGCGGGGGUGGACAUCAAGACCAAAGGCCUCAUGGAGGUGCAUCAGUCGGGCAACUUGGCGGUGGAGGUGUUUUAUGUGUUGAUGUCGCUGCAUCGGUCGAACCUCUUUUCGCGCCAGGAGGAGGGCAAGGACGAGGGACGGAGGGAGAUCAAUGAGACCUCGCUGCAUAUUUGUGCACAGGCGUUGAGGAGGAUCACGCGCGCACAGCAGACCAUGAUUGAUCUGUUGGGUCGGGCGCGUGCGACCAUGUUUUGGAAGAUCGCCUACUACACCUACCAGGCGGCGAUCGCGGGCGCGUACAUUGUGUUUGUAAGGCCGCAGAGCAAGCACGCGCAAUCGGCGCUCGAGGAUCUGGCGGUGCUGGUGGACUUUUUCGAUCGGAUGCCCGAGCGUUGGACGGGACUCAAGAUGGCCAAGCAUGGACUGAGGGUGUUGCGCAAGCUGGCUGUUGCGGCGAGAGAGACGCCCGAAGCUGCAUCCAUGGCAGUGCGGACCCCGCAACCCGAGAUGGAACCCCAAGCGCCCGUACAGGAACCCGAACCAAGUGCAGACAUCUCUCCCUCGGCCCUCUUUCCUACAGCGAGCGGGGUGGAGUUUGCGUCCCACUCUGGCUUUCUACCCCCGAUCUUUACGACGGCAUUACCGACAGAGGCUACAGCUUCACCCCCGGGUCUGGCCAAUGUUCCGCUCGUUACGCUGUUCAACAACACCUACGACCAGCAGGGCGCCACGCCUCCGACGCGGCAGUUUUGCUACGACCCCUUCAUCCCCGACCCCGCACCGCUGGAUUCGGCCCACAGCACCGAGGUGCCCACCCCACCCACCGCUUCCGACCCCGCCCCGCCGGGCGCACCACUCAACCCCAAGGACCUCGCCAACUACUGGUCCGAGUACUUUUCGCUCCAGCUCGACUGGGACCGCCUCACCGGCCUAGCCUAA